CGUAUGUAGGCAAUAUGGCGAAAUGCUGUCCAAAUUUAUAACUGGAAAAACUGUGCUGAAGAUAAUUACCUGCGCGCGGUUAUGCACGUUUAAAUGAGAAUAUGACUUCCAAAGAUCCCCACGGACCCCUCGACACUCCUGUGUGCAAGUCCCCGAAACCAAAGCAUGUGGAGGACGAGGAUGAAGGAGAUGCUAACGAUACGGUGUCCACGGAAUCCUCAUCAAGUUACAGCCAGUCCGACUACUCUGACGACCUAGAGCCAGAAUGGCUGGACGACGUCCAGAAGAACGGAGAACUCUUUUAUUUGGAACUGAGUGAGGGGGAGGAGGAGGCGGCAUUGGCCCAUUCCAGCGCCAUUCAGGGGCUCACCACCAAUCACGUGCGCUUCAGCGACAAGGAGGCGGAGAUCAUCACCGACAGCGGGAAGCACAAGGAAGGGGGCGGCAAGGUGGAGCCCAAGCUGAAGAAGCUGGCCAAGAUCCUGAAGAAAAAGCGUCCCUCACAGCGGCGGACGGACGGGAAAGGGGGAUCGGGGUCGGCAGGGGGAGGGGGCGGCGCCCACCCCUCUCACCCCACCUCCAUCCUGAAGAACCAGGCGGGGCAGCGUUCUGGGGUCGUGGUCCAGCAGCCGCAGCUGAAGGAGGUGUACGUGUACCUGAACCCCAAAAGGCUGGGGAGCUGCUCACCCCCCCUGGAGAGGGGAGGGCUGCUGGAAGCCCUCGUGGGUGUGGUGCACCGCCCCGCGUGGGGGAAGGGGGAGGGAGAUGGUGCGGGGCGGAGAGAGGAGAGGCUCAUCAUCCAUGGGCUGGUGCCCAACAGCCCUGCUAUCAAGUGCGCCCAGAUCCUAAUCGGUGAUGUUCUUGUUGCUGUGGACGAUGUGGACGUUACGUCAGAGAACAUUGAGAGGGUGCUUUCUUGUAUCCCUGGUCCGACACAGGUGAAGCUGACGUUGGAGACGGCUUCCGUGGGGGACGGUCUGAACCCCGCGCCCCCCAGCGGGAGGCCCUCCCCUCCGGUCAGUCAGCUGGUCAAGCUCCUCUGGGGGGAGGACACUGUGGAGCUGCAGAUGUCCAUCGGCCACAUCCCGCACAUUGUCAUGUACCUGACCCUCCGGCUGGACUCCGAGUCAUCCCGAGAAGACCAGGAGAUUCUAUACCAGUACCCCGUGUCUGAGGCCUCCAGCCAGCUGAAGGGAGUGAGGGGCAUAUUCCUCACUCUGUGUGACAUGCUGGAGAAUGUCACCGGAGGGCAGAUCAUCAGUUCCUCCCUGCUGCUCAGCAAACACCUGGUCCAUGUGGGCUACUGGAAGGAAGGGGACAACCUUCUGGUCAUUGGUUUGCCUGCAGAAAGGGUUCCACUCCUUCAUUUGAAAACUGUUGUUGGGGGUGUCGUGCGGACUCUGAGGGUGAUGUACGGCUCCUUAGACAGUGCCUUCUGUGAUGCGGAUAACGCCCCAAGGCUGGACCACUUCUUCUGCCUGUUCUUCCAGCAGCUGAUCCAACCCUCGAGGCUGAGUGACAGCCCCGGGGCGCCACCCCCUGAUGUCUCUGGCACACUCUUCCUGGACGGGCUUCCUGCUGUGCGCUGGCUAACCCUUCCCCCAGAAACAAAGGUUGAAAUUGACACAAUUCUCUCCGAUUUUGAGUCGUCGGAUUUUGGAGAAAUGUCAGAAGAUUUCUUCGGCAUGCGCCGGCUGUAUGUCACCUUGGGCUCCUGUCUGUUCUACAAGGGCUACCUGAUAGCGAAUCACCUUCCGAAGGAGGACCUGCUGGACGUGUCUCUGUACUGCCAGCACUACUGCCUCCUGCCCCUGGCCUCCGAGCAGCGCAUCGGUCAGCUCGUCAUCUGGAGGGAGGUGUUCCCCCAGCGCCACGCCCAAUCCGCCUCCAAGACCACGGGGUGGGGCUACUGUGAGCCCCAGGGCCGCUACUUCCUCCUCAUCGUGGGGCUGAGGCACUUCAUGCAGUGUGUACUGCUGGAGGCAGGGGGCUGUGCAGCGCCCGUGCUGGGGGUCCAGGGGCCGGACUGCGUGUACGUGGACCAGGUGAAGGCCACGCUGCUGCAGCUCGAGGGGCUCGGCAGUGGCAUCGAAGAGCGUCUGGCCAUGCCCCCCACCCCCUGCCUCUCCUGUGCCGAUUGGUUCCUUCCCUCAGCCCGUGACCGGCUGGAUAGCAUCACCAGCUCGCCCAUCUUCAGCAAGCUGGCGGGCAACGUCAAGGCCCCCUCGCCCACCGGGAGGCGGAGCCUGUUCGGGGACGCCGCCUCCUCGCUCCGCACGCGCCGGCCCAGCCCCCAGCGCAGCCUAUCGGACAGCGGCAGCGAGGGGCAGGGGGACGGGCUCUCCUUCGUCCCGGGCCUCAGCCCCCACUCCACUCCCGACCCGUCCAGGAAGCUGGGGGGACGCAAGGACUCCCUGGGGUCCGGGGGCUCUGAUGGCAGUGGGGGCAGUGGGAGCCUCUUCAAGAUCCCCAGGAAGAAGCACCCCAACCCUUUCUACCUGGGCACCUUGAAGAAGAGCCUGACGGAGAGAGAGACCGAGGAGAUGUACAACACUAUGAAGCUGACGUCGGGGGCGGAGAACACGCUCUUCCACUACGUGUGCAUGGAGACGGUCCAGGGGAUCUUCAUCGCCCCGACGCACCGGGAGGUGUCCCAGCUCAGCGGCUCCAUCCACCCGCAGCUCAUCCGCAACUUCCAUCACUGCUGCCUGUCCAUCCGGGCCGCCUUCCAGCAGAGCCUGCCGCCCAGGGAGAAGCGCGGUGUGGACGGGCCUCAGGGAACCCGUGGGCUUGGCCCAGUGAAAGAGCAUGGGGUUCUGUUUCAGUGCAAACCCGAGAACUGGACCGACCAGAAGAAGCCUGCCCCCACUAUGACCUACUGGGUCAUCGGGCGGAUGCUUCUAGAACCUGUCCCUCAGGAAUUCUACGUGUGUUUCCAUGAUUCUGUGGCAGAGGUCCCUGUGGAGAUGGCCUUCAGGCUGUCUUUUGGCCUGACCUUGUGAGGGAGACAUUUCUGAGGAGAGGCACAGGGAACCUCAGAGGAUAACACUAACUACCAACAAUACUUCCAUCAGCAGUGAAGGGCAGCUGUUGUCCUCAAGGUCACCUGUUUUGAUUUGUCCUCAGGACCUUGUAAUUUGGAUGUAGUUUCAAUGAUUGACCAGGAACCUUAAAUGCCUAAGCCAUUAAGGAUGGGUACUUAUGACAGUAAGACUGUCACCCUCCAGGAUUAAGCUUGUUCACCACUUACCAGUAGUCUUCUGUAGAUUCUCUUUAAAAGGCAGGUUGGUUAUCUCUUACCUCAUUGUAACACACACUAGCUCCCCUGAUUGGCUCAAUCCCCCCGUAUAAUGUACCUAGUUUAGUUUGAGGCAAGCGUUUUCUGUGAAUGAAGAGAAAAACUGGCCUACACAUGGACUAGAACAGGAGCUGAUUGAGUUACGAAACCUGUCCUUUUAAGCCAUUUUUGUGCGAUGCCCACAUAGUAAUGGACCAUAUUUAUAACUUCUCCCAUUUACACCUGACCAAAUGACUGAAAAAUGACUGUUCUUGCCUGCUUUGUCCUGGUCCACAUUGACAUGGCA